CAGGGUGGGCGCAGUGGUGAGCCGCAUCAGUGAGGAGUGGUGAGGAAUAGUGAGCACCAGCGAGCAGUGGUAUUCGUAGUAAGCAGCACAGGCGCCAGUGAGAACCAGCAAGCGUGAGUGAUCAGUAGGCAGAAGUGAGUGUCACGGUGAGAAGUGGUGAGGAAUAAUAGUGAGUGUAGCAGAGGUGAGCAGCAGCAGCAGUGAGUGUGUCAGUGGUGAGCAGCAGCAGUGGGUGUGGCAGUGGUGACCAGCAGCAGCAGUGAGUGAGUGAGUGUGGCAGUGGUGAGCAGCAGCAGCAGCAGUGAGUGUCACAGUGGUGAGCAGCAGCAGUGAGUGUCACAGUGGUGAGCAGCAGCAGUGAGUGUCACAGUGGUGAGCAGCAGCAGUGAGUGUCACAGUGGUGAGCAGCAGCAGUGAGUGUCACAGUGGUGAGCAGCAGCAGCAGCAGUGAGUGAGUGAGUGCUAGUGGCGGUGAAGCCGUCCGUCUCGCCAUGUCCUCGCAGCUGAGCGCGCUGCUGUGUGUGGGUGACCGGGCCCGGGUGGCGCCGCUGUCUCGCGGCGCGGGGCUGGAGGAGUCUCGGGCCGCGUUCCGGAGCGCGUUCGCCGGCGAGCGGGAGCAGGAGGCGGCGCUGCGCGGGGACUUCGCCGUGCAGCUCUACAGCGAGCAGUGGGGGAGCUUCGUGGACGCGGGUCCCGAGAUGAGCAUCGAGGCGCCCUGCAGGCUCAGGGCGGUGCCUCUGUCUGGCGGGAGACAGGCGUCUCGACCUCUGGGGCUGCUGGAGCCGCACAGCUCCGCGUUCUUCUGCUGCGACAUGCAGGAGCGGUUCCGCCCUGCCGUCAAGUUCUUCGGCGAGGUCGCGCUGGUGGCGCAGAGACUGAUAGGGGGCGCGCGGGAGCUGGACGUCCCCAUCGUGGUGACUGAGCAGUACCCCAGGGGCCUGGGCAGCACCGUGCCGGAGCUAAACCUCGCUGGCGCCAGGGCGGUCCUCCCCAAGACCCGCUUCUCCAUGCUGGUGCCCGAGGUGGAGGCUCUGCUGCUGGGGGAGCUCAGGGCAGUCCGCAGCGUGGUUCUCUUUGGCGUCGAGACGCACGUGUGCAUCCAGCAGACGGCCCUGGAGCUGACGGCCAGGGGCUACGAGGUGCACGUGGUGCACGUGGUGGGCGACGCGACGUCGUCACGCAGCCAGACCGACCGGCUGCUCGCACUGCAGAGGCUGUCUCAGGCCGGGGUGAUAGUGACGACAAGCGAGGCGGUGCUGCUGCAACUCGUUGCCGACAAAGACCACCCCAGUUUCCGCACCGUGCAGGCGCUCAUCAAGACCAGUGCGCCCGAGAUGGGGUUAGUGCCGUCCCUGGGCUAGCAGGAAUCCCCGGGGGCCAGAGGGCGGCUCGGCAACAACAGCGCCUUGGUGUGUAGGCGAGCACGAGUGGCGGGGCCCGACUUCACGUCACUCGGUCGCUCUCGCCAAAUUGCACUAUGGCCAUAAUAGCUUCGCCAAUAGGGGGGGGGGGGUGACUUCCUUCAACAAGAUUCAGUUCUACUUGAAUAAAGAGCUUUUGAGAGAAGGGACGAUGAGGCGAGGGAAGAAGCAGAAAGAUAAUUGAGGUGACCUGCAGUGUCUGGUGGUGAACAAUGUGGAUGAGAUGAAACAGUGUCUGGUAGACAGUCCUCAACACGGGUGGGGGAAUCAAUAAGUGUAGCUCAUGGGAACAGUACCCAUGGUAGUCGCGUUAGAUGGGAGUUUGGUUUUGAGUACCUUUUACUAUUGGGUUUGGUUUCCACGGAUGGCUUAAUCAUAAUCUGUGCUCACGACCGUUACACAAUAAAGCAUUGGGGUUGAUCUAUAAACACUCCCGACUUAUCGUUCAGUCCCAAAAAAACACUGUUCAGCAUCACCAAGUGACAGACAAAUUGUGUUGAGUU